AAUUCAACGUGUUAAAAGUAAAAUUAUUGAAUCCAACGAGGAAAAUAAGUGUUGUAUUGAACACGGCGUGGUGAACGAUAGUUUUGUAGCGGAUUUAUCCGUCCGAUUCCCCUUGAAAAGAGGUGCACAGUGACGUAAACAAAUUUCUGUAGAACAAUUUUUUUUUGGAUUUUUCGGUUCUAAUACAACCUUUGAAGAUUUGCGUUCUAACUGAUCCGGAGAUGGUCUGUCUUGCUGAUGACGACACCGUAAGGGCCACUGUAAUUGAUACAACCGGCGCUAAAACAAGCCAAACUGUAAUACUAUCGCCAACGAAAACCGUUGAGAGUGUUCUUGUAGAAGUCGGAUCAAAAUUUAAUUACAAUCCCGACGUUUACGAAUUUGCCUUACAACAACGUAAUGGACACAUCUUUGUACUUAAUGAUUUUCGUAAUAAAACCUUUGCCGAAAUUCCCGAUUUGGAAUUAUCUGGCCGCAUAUCGAUAGUUUUAUCAUUAUCGCGACGAAGAAACAUUUCGUUAGUUGUUAAUGAUAAUGCGGACGACGAUCUCAUAUUGGGGGCGUCCGCAAGCCCUACGAUGGGCGAGGCGCCAUCAAGUUCCGGGGAAGCUGAAAAUAAGGUAGAAACCUUGGCGUUAAUGAACGUUGGUUAUUACUCGCGGCAACCAAAACUUUAUCUUAAACCAGAACCGUGUAGCUAUGUCGGAUUGGUUAAUCAAGCGAUGACUUGUUAUUUAAAUAGCCUUUUACAAGCACUUUUUAUGACGCCCGAAUUUCGAAACGCACUCUAUAAUUGGGAAUUUGAUGGACAGAAUCAGGAGAAAUCUAUACCGUUUCAGUUACAAAAAUUAUUUUUAAAUUUACAAACAUCAAUAAAAUCUGCUGUAGAAACGACAGAUUUAACGCACAGUUUUGGCUGGGAUUUACAAGCUGCAUGGGAGCAGCAUGAUAUACAAGAAUUAUGUCGCGUUAUGUUCGACGCUUUGGAACAAACGUUUAAAAAUACAAAACAAUCAAAUUUAAUAAACGAUUUAUACGAAGGCAAAAUGCUGGAUUAUGUUAAAUGUUUAGAAUGUAGUACGGAAAAAUCUCGUGAAGACACGUUUUUAGAUAUCCCACUUCCGGUGAGACCGUUCGGAAGUAGUGUCGCUUAUACGAGUAUUGAAGAAGCAUUAAGGGGUUUCGUACAACCGGAAACGCUCGAAGGAAACAACCAGUAUUUUUGCGAAAAAUGUAAUAAGAAGUGUGACGCUCACAAAGGAUUGAAAUUUAUCAAAUUUCCUUAUUUGUUAACGUUACACUUGAAACGAUUUGAUUUUGUUUACACAACAAUGCAUCGGAUUAAGUUAAAUGAUAAAGUUGUCUUUCCGGAAGUUUUAAAUUUGAAUUCAUUUAUCCCGAAUGUUAUCUCUAUGUUGGAUGAUGCUUCAGAAGAACGCGAAAUCGCUACAACUAAGUACGACGACUGUAGUACUACAGAUUCCGGUUCCGCUUUGGACGACGAAAGUUGUCAUGGUACUGAUGUUUCAUCUACAGUUAAUGGUCAAGAUGGAGCUUGUCAAGAUGAUGAUGAAGGUAUUGAUGUUAGUUCAGGAAAUCAUAGCCAUGAAAAUGAAAAAAAUCGACUUCAAGAACAGAAAGGUCCAUAUAUUUACGAGCUAUUUAGCAUAAUGAUACAUUCUGGGAGUGCUUCUGGUGGACAUUACUAUGCUUAUAUUAAAGAUUUUUCAAAGGAUCAUUGGUUUUGUUUUAAUGAUCAAAGUGUCAGUAGGAUAACAGAAGAUGAUAUACACAAAACCUACGGUGGUGGUCCCCCAAGAGGUUAUUAUUCUGGUGCUUACACAUCAAGCACAAACGCUUACAUGUUAAUGUACAGACAAAUCGAUAAAAACCGAAAUUGUCAUGCAAUGACAGUCAACGAAUUUCCGUCACAUAUUCAAACCUUGUUAAAAGAAAUGCGUGAAAAAGAAGAAAUAGAUCGAUUAGCGAAAGAAAAAGAAAUCGAUAUGUUAAAAAUGAAGGUUUAUUGUGUCCAUCCGAUUUCUAAUCAAUUGUUUGAUAUGAAACUUUUUGGGUAUGCUGAAACAACGCUUUACGAGAUGGCUUCAGAUGCUUAUGAUCGUUUUAAAUUAAAAGGGGUUGUGAAUUUUGAAGAUUGCCGUCUAGUUACUUAUAAUAAUAACACUGAAACUUUAGAAAAAAGUUUUGAAUCGGAUUCGCUUCGAUUAUGCGACAUCGAUGUGAAAGAUAAAGAUUAUUUAACGUGGUUUUUGGAAAUUAGGCAACCGGGUCAAGCUUGGGAAGCUUAUUUUCCCGGUGGUGUAAAAAUGAAGGUGUACUUGGUACAUUUUGAUACCGAAGAGAUUAGUGGACCUAAUUUUGUUCGGGUAAAUCCAGGUAAAACUACCGGAGAAUUAAAAAAGCAAUUUGCAAGUAUGUUUGGGUACGAUGUUGAUUCGAUAAAAAUUAUUAUGGAAUCGGGAAGUAAUAAUCCCAUUCAUUUGGAUGAAGACGAUGUACCCAUUAAGUACGAACCGCGUUGUAGUAAUUACAAAUUAUACGUCGCCAGUGUUAUGGAAGAAGAUGUUGAUAAAGAAGGGAUUAUCAAUAAAAUGCAAAAAGUUAUUGACCUUUUUGUACAUAUCGUUAAUAUUGAUGUAAUUUUACCGGAUAAUGAUAUAAGCACUUUGGAAUCUUUAUCGAUACCACCGUUAGAUUUAAAUCAAAAUAUGGAUGAUGGACUCAAUUUAACAACAACGGAUAGAGAAUUGUAUCAAAAAUUUUAUCCUAAAAUGUAUCCAUCUCAAACAACAACAGCAACGGAAAUGGAUGGUUUUGGUGAUCAAAGUAAUAGUGAAGAUAGUAGUUUAAGUGAUAGUGAUAGAACUCUUAUUGGAGAUGCUCCUGCAGAAGGAAAUGCGUACAUUAAUACAACAUUAGCAACAUUAAUAGAUCCAACAGUGGAUACAUACGAUCACGAAGUUUUUGAUAAUCCAUCCGAUGAAUUACCGCUACAACUAUCAAACGAUGACGUAGUAAUGCAAGAAUGCGAACCGAAUAUGUCAAAUUAUUAUUUUAAAGUGGUCGGAUCGCGUAAUAUCGAACCAACAGCUGAAAAUGGAAAUUUCCGAUGUUACAUGCAAAUAAUGUUAGACGCGCGAAUGUCGAUAGGUCGAUUAAAAAAACAUUUGGAACCAUUAAUCGGAGUUCCCGUCCAGUAUUUUAAAAUUUUUAAAGAAUAUCAAAACCAAAACGUCGAAUUAACCAACUUAAAUGAAAGUUUGAACUUGAUGAAAGACGGCGAACGUUUAAUUGUAAAAUUAGGGCGUGUUUUAAGAAAAAAUGAAAUGUCGGGAAAAGUCUUUUUGUUAACACCGGAUGGCGUUGAACCGUUUACGUUUCUUUUUGAAUGUAUCGUCGCUAAAGGUCAAAGCGUUUUAUCUGUGAAAAAAGAUAUUUUAUUACAAGCGAAGAAACAGCAUAUGUUGGAUCUUCCCCCUAAUAAGUGUCGGAUAAGGCGGAAAGAAUGGAAAACGCCGUCAAAAAUAUACUUGGACGACCAAAAAUUCGUUGAUGAUAUCACAAUUUCAACGAAAUUCGAAAUUUUCGUACAAGAACUCACCGAACCUGAAAAAAUUGUCCAUCCCGACCAAAUGGUUGCGUUUAUUAAACGGUGGUUUCCCGCUACACUACAAUUGGGAAAUUUCCAAGAGAUUGUUUUGGAUGAACCCACCGUUGAAGAACUUAAAAGGAAAAUAUCGAACAAAUCGGGAAUUCCCGAAGAAUUUGUUGAUGUCGUACUGAUGAAACAACCACAUACUUUUCCUUGUGAUAUGAACGUUUUAGAAGUAGAUAACUUAGAAUGGAACAGUAAUAGUUUGGAUACUUAUAGUUUAAAGGGACGUGAUGAUGAUUGUAUUAUCUUCUAUAGAGAUAGUAGAGAACAAUUAAAAGAACUUUCACCGGAAGAGAGAAAAGAACUUCACCAAAAAGAAAAUAUGAGAUUAGGUAAGAGUAGUACAAAAAUGUUUUCACCGAGUCGAAGAGAACGCGGUUUAAAAAUUUACCUCGAUAAUACGAUGUCAAUGAAAAUGGAAAAUAAUCCGGUCGACUGACAUCUUCAACACACGACCCGAUACCAAUCAUGGAUGUACUGCAGUAUAAGUUAACCCAUUUCAAACAACAAAUAAUUUAAUUAAAAGGCCAGUCAAGGAAGAGGAGGAAAGUGAAAAAUGGGGGUCGAUAAGGAAAAAAAAACAGUGUUAAUUGUGUAAUAAUCAGCAUGUUGUGAACGUUUAUUAGUUUCUUUUUUUUGUUACAUUCGUUUUACGUUUAUUUUUAUUGUAAAAUACCCUGUAUAUCUGUUUUUCUUCUCUCAUUGUUAUUUUCAAUUUUUCAAUAUUUUUAUUGUACAAAAUAGGCCUCUUUGCAUUAAUAUUUAACGUCAAUCCUAAUAUGAGCUGUCUCUUUUUCUAUGAAAUAAGCCUAAAGUCUUUUAGAAAUAUUUAAGAAAAAUCUACUAUCUCUGCAUGCUUAUGUUUAUUUAACUCUUUUUUUUUCGUUUCCCAAUUAAUUUUUUUGUAUUAAAAAACAUUUGCGUUCUAAUAAAUCGUUUUUUUUGAAAAACUUUUUUUCAAUAAUGAAAAGAAAAAUUCACAUUGAUUUGUGUUCAAUUAUUUCGGCCUAAAUUAUUUUCAAUUUGGAACGUGAUUAAUUUUUUUUUGUCGUCGCCGUCGAACGUUUCUGUGCUGCUUCCCAGCAAGUUACUAUUUUGUAUAAAUAUUUAUUUGUGACUGAUAAUAAAGAUGUUUACCUAUCAUUUGA